UGUUUGAAUUUCUGUUGUGCUGCUUGUUCCUUCGCGCACGGAACGGACGGGCUGACGCCCCGAGGUUGUGGGAACUUAGGUUUCCACAACUGGCGCCCAACGUUUGGGGUUCGAGCUCGUUCGUCCCGUGGCGGGGAACACGCGGCACGGUUAGUAGUACAUAGUAGUUGUUUUAGUUUGUAGUUUAUUGCUGUUAGUUUUUGUGUGUGCGUUUUUCGUGUGCUUCUUUGAGUUUUUCAGCUCCCACCCGGUGGACGAGCCCUCGGAGCUGAUGGCUGACAAGGCGAAGGUGCCCGCGCCGCAGUCAGACGCCAUCACAACAGCAGAACUCCUGUCACGCAUGACGGAGUUGUGCUCGUUGGUGGUUCAACGCCUGGAUGCCGGGUUACACCGAUAAGAAGUCUGUUGCCGAUUUCCUGGAUGACCUCACCGCCUAUCAGACGGGUAUGGGAAUUUCGGAUGAAGUCCUAAUCCAACGCAUCCUGCAGGUUGCUUUGGUCGGAGACGCCGCCCGCUGGCUUCGGUUGCAAUCGGAGUUUACGUCCUUGCAGGACUUCCAGGAGCGGUUCAAAAACGAAUUCCUUCCCCCGGAUUACGAAUACCGUGUCCUAGAGGAAUUACAUAAGCGUACUCAACAUCCUGAGGAAAGCUUAUCUGAAUUCGUUCGGGCAUUGCAGGAUCUGUACAGCAGAGCGGAUCCCACUGCUACGGAAGAGCAGCGUGUCGCACGGGCGAUCCGUCAGUGCCACCCGCGCUUCCGGCCCUACUUAAGAGCCCAUCGCUUUGAAACCCUUGAGGCGUUGGCCCAGGAGGCUCGUUCAAUACAAGGCGACCUCCUGGCAGAGCUUCAAUACCGGCCCCCUCCGCCCCCGGAGCUAGCGUUGGAACCGCGCUGCGCGUGGUCGGGAGGAGCCGCCUCGGUCGAACGCCUGUAUGCAACAGGUUUGGGUGACAACCCCCGUAAUUCAGACAAUGCGGAGUCAUCCCACCGAGCCCUAGAUCCGUUCCUCUAUGACCAGAGGACGAUCCCCGCAGGAACGAGCCUUGACAGACCCGUCCCGCCCCGAAGUCGCGGUCAACCUGGCCUUUCAGCUAGCGAAACCCCACGGCAGCGGGAGCGGCAUCAUCCUGCGCCCCCGCAGCCACGAGCGCCUACCGGCUGUUGGAAUUGCGGCAGCCCUGACCAUUUUCGUCGGGAAUGCCCGCGACAAAGACCGAACACCCGUAAUGUGCCAUCGGGAAACGGUCGCAGCCGGCGUCCAUGAAUGCUCGCUCAACGACGUCGGCAAGUUGCGAAGAAAGCGAGCAGACGGUUACUAUCCGUGGCCUUGAUCAGUCAAAAACUAGCUUUGCAAGCGGUAAGAUAAC